AUGAAUAUUGAAGAACAAGUUGCCAUGUAUCUUCGUAUUAUUGCUCACAAUGUUAAGAAUCGGGUUAUAAUAUGUCAUUUUCAUUGUUCGGGAGAAACAAUUAGUAGAGUUGUUGCUCGAGUUUGCAAUGCCAUAAUAAGGUUACAUCCAAGAUUGCUUAAGAAAUCUGAACCUGUUACUGAUAACUCUACUGAUCAAAUAUGGAAAUGGUUUAAGAUACACCAACCAACCACUGCCAAAGGCUUUUUCAAUAUGAAGCAUUUAUCGGCGAGAAAUGUUAUUGAACGAUGUUUCGGUAUGUUAAAGGCAAGAUGGGGAAUCUUAAGAGAUAACUUGUAUUAUCCUAUUGAUUUAAAAGUUAUGAUCGUCAUGGCAUGUUGUCUCCUCCAUAAUUUUAUAAUGCAAGAAAUGCCAAUAGAUCCAUUUGACCAUGAAGGUGAAGUGGAUGAGGCAACCGGAGACCUUGGAGUCGAAGACGGAGAUAAUAUAAAUGUCGUUGGUACUUCAAAUGAGUGGACUGCAUUUAGGGAUAAUUUAGUACAAUCUAUGUUUGCUUCUUGGACUGCUACCAAUUAA